UUCAAUUGUCGUGCCUAUCCCGCGCACGUUGCCGACUCCAAGCACAAUGGAGUUAUCUACUGAUUUAAAGAAGACACGGAAAAAGCAAUCGAUAUUUGCUCCCAAAGAAUCAGCCAUCCCAAAUCCGAGGCGUUCAAAGAGAAUUAUGUUGAAGCGUGCAUCUGGCACCAAAUCUGAAAACAUGAAAAGGGUGGAGGAAUUUCUGUUGGAGGAAAAGGCAAAAUCUACGCGAGCUUCAGUGAGAGCACGAGCAGCUGAGUUUGCAACUUUUGAGAAGGAAACCAUUGAUCUGACUGAUGAAAACACCGAUUUGGAGGAACUUCACAAGACUAUGGGAAAUCGCGCGUACUCGCACUAUGCUAGGAACGAGGAAAUUAUGAUGGGAAUCCGAUGGCUGAGGAUGAUGGCCUCAAAUGCAACCAUUGCAAGCUCGCCCUUCCCAUUCAAUCCAGGAAAUUCUGUUGAUUUGCUUCCCAAUCGUCAGGGUCGCGAGCAUUCAGCUGAGAUGCUUUCGGGGUUUGCUGGGGCAUCAUCGAGUGCUGCACGAGGCGAUGACGUGUUGCCUCAGUGCAUGGCUGACGACAAUCAUUCGCCGGAUGACUCAUCAAGGAACAACGGCCUUGCUAAGGGCUCGGGCAAACCUGCUGAUUUGGCACCAACUGAUUGAGCGCAAAAGUUUGGUGCACGUUUGAUUUGGCGGUCAUGUUGCCGUCUCGUUUUCAUUUCAUGAAUUUUUAGAACUUUUUAUGCUCCGGAUUAUCGUUGAUGUGUUUCCUAAUAAUUUGGAUAAAGUUGCAGACCUUAAUUAAACUA